GCGCCCCGCAGUCUCCGCUCAGUCGUCGUCAGCCAUGUUGUUGGUGUGACACACCGAGCUGUCAGCAACAGGUUCUCUGGGCGCUAACACCCACAAACUAGACAUUUCUCCGACGACUGCGGCUCUCCUCGGAUACUAAACUUCACAGUGUGUCCGGGAAAGCGUCCAGAAGUGGCGGAGGAUCAUUUCGGGCCCUUCGAAAGCUUCGAAAGUUGCUGUUUUCUGGCCGCCGUGAAAGAGAUGGCUGCGAGCAGUAGCUGAGGACGCCGCUGGGAGUUCCCCUCUGCAAAUAUGAAUGGUGGUCUAAGUAUUUGGGCAAUCUCCCCAGAGGAGAGGGUCAAACAUGAUCAGAAGUUUGACACCCUCUCCCCAUCAAUGGGCUAUGUCUCAGGGGAACAAGCAAGGAAGUUUUUCCUUCAAUCUGGGCUUCCUUCCAACAUACUGGCGGACAUAUGGGCUCUGGCUGAUAUGAAUAAAGAUGGAAAGAUGGACAGGUUGGAGUUUUCCAUCGCUAUGAAGCUCAUAAAGCUAAAACUUCAGGGCACGUCGCUUCCCUCAGCACUGCCAAUCAUCAUGAAGCAGCCUCCAGUGCCGGCUCCCAGCCUAAAUAACCCCACCUCAACCAUGACCAACUCAGUCUAUGGUAUGGGUUCUGUGCCUAACUUGUCCAUGAUGCCGGGAACAAACCUUUCUAUGUUGACUCCCAUCUCCCUGGCAACCCCUGGAUUCACACCUUUACAACCAAUGACAGGCCUCGCCCCUUUGGUUCCUACAGCAACAGGUCUGAGCCCACUAAUAGGAUCCACCCCCAACAGGCCCCUGAUGCCCACCGUAGGAAACGCCACGUUGCCAAACGGCACCAUGGGAAUGCUCCAUCCAAUGACAGCUGGCGCUUUGACUCCAGGCCUACCUCUAUCUGCAACCUCCUACUCCUCUCCGCUUGGACUGUCCUCUUCUCCUGCUGGUAUGAGCAAGGCCUCGUCACUGCUGGACCUGGGAUCUGGCAGCUCCGCUUCCUCGUCCCCCUCUAUGAUGUCCCCCAUGGCUGCUGGGCCCAGUGACUGGGCUGUGCCACAUGCCUCCAGACUUAAAUACAGACAGCAGUUCAACAGCUUGGAUAAACAGAUGAUCGGUUACCUCGCUGGUCAGCAGGUGAGGGGAGCCAUGGCAACCACGAUGCUGACACAGACACAGCUGGCUUCCAUCUGGACUUUAGCUGAUGUGGAUAAGGAUGGCAAGCUAAAAGCAGAAGAGUUUAUUCUGGCAAUGCAUCUUGUGGACAUGGCAAAGAGCGGACAACCACUGCCACUAACACUGCCAACUGAGCUGGUACCACCCUCACAAAGGGGAGCUGUGAAUGGAUCCAGCUCUUCUCUCUAUGCAGCUCUGACUGAGGACUUUGACGUAGAACCUCCACAGAAAGCCAAAACCAACAUGUCGUUUGAGGAUAAAUUCAAAGCCAACUUGGAGCGAGGGAAUGCCGAACUGGAGAAGAGACGACUGGCGCUGCAGGAGGCCGAGAGGAGGGAGCAGGAGCGACGCGCUCAGAAGGAGAGAGAGGAGCGAGAGAAGAGAGAGAGGGAGGCUCGGGAGGUCGAGGAGAGGAGGAGGAAAGAGGAGGAGAGGAGGCUGGAACGACAGAGAGAGCUGGAGAGACAGAAAGAAGAGGAGCGACAGAGAGAGAUAGAGAGGAAAGAGGCUGCACAGCGGGAGCUCGAGCGUCAGAGGAAAGAGGAGUGGGAGAGGAGGAGGCGAGGAGAGCUUCAGAUAAAGAGGGAGCAGGAGCAGGAUGAAAUCAUCCAGCUAAAGGCUAAGAAGAGGAGUCUGGAGAUGGAGCUGGAGGCAGUGGGCAACAAACAUCGUCAGAUCUCAGACCGACUGCGGGACGUUCAAAACAAAAAGAAACUUCAGAAGACGGAGAUCGAUCUGAACAAUCAAAGGAAAGAGACACGCCAACAGGAUAUUAACGACCUUCAUAGACAGCUAGAGGAGUUCCAGAGGAAGCUGUCUCAUCUGAGUCCAGAGCAGAAGAGACUGAAUGAAAAACUGAGAAACAUGGGUCUAAAUAACCUGCCUGUGUCGAGUCUGUCCACCCUAAAGAGGGGUGUGACAGAGAAAAAUGGGAAAUGUAUGAAACUGCGAGACCAGAUGGAAGCUCUGGAGAAAGAAACUGCUGCCAAACUAGCUGAGAUGGACCAGUACAACAAAGACAUGCAGGAGCUGAGAGAGAGCCAGAGAAAGCAGCAGGCAGCACUGGAGAAACUGCGAAGCAUCAAAGAAGACAAACGGCGUGAGCUGAUUCGAAGGAAGGAGCAGGAAGAGGAGAGGAGGAGGGACGAGGAGAAGAAACGACAUGAGGAGGAAAGGAAGCGGAAGGAGGAGGAAGAAGCUCAGAGGCGUAUUAAGAUGGAGAAGGAGCGUCAGUGGCAGGAGAAGCUGAAGAGGGAUGAAGAGGAGCGGCAGAGGAGGCUUCAGGAGGAGAGGGAGGCCAAACAGAGGGAGGAAGAGGAGAAAGAGAGACAGGCUCUCAGGGCUGCAAAGGAAGAGACAGAGCGGAAAAAGAGAGAGGAGGAGGACAGAAAGAAAAGAGAAGAGGAGGAGCGUCGGAGGCAAGCAGAAAGGCGGAGGCAGGAGGACGAGAGGAGAAAGCUGGAGGAGGAGAGGAGGCAGUUAGAGGAAGAGAGGAGGAAACUGGAGGAAGAGAGGAGGCAAGAGGAGAAGAGAAGGAAAGAAGAGGAGGAGCGACGCAAGAGGGAGGACGAGAGGAAGAGGUUAGAGGAGGAGAGGAGAGAGGAGGAGCGCAGGAGGGAGAGGGACGAGGAGGAGAGGAGGAGGCAGAGGGCGGCCGUAGCGGCUGCCCGAGAUUUGGAGGACAGAAGAAAGCGAGAGGAGGAGGAGAGAAAGAAGAAAGAGGAGGACAGGAGAAAGCAGGAUGAAGAAAGGAGAAAGCUUCAUCAGCAGCAGGAGGAGGAGAAGAGGAGGCGUGAGGAGGAGAGAAAAAGGGCAGAAGAGGAGAGGAAAAGGAAGGAGGAGGAAGAGGGGAGGAGGAAAGCUGAGGAGGAGCGCAAGAGGAAGGAGGAGGCAUCUCGUCAGCAGCAGCCAAAUGGAGGGAAGGUGGAUAUUCAGGAGAAACUGACGUCUCUGCUGAGAGGACUAGAGGAGAGGAAGGGUGGGCAGCCGAGGGCCAAACAACACAGAAAGUCAGCAGCUCUCACAUCCUUCAAAGCGCUCUAUCCAUUCGACGCGCGAAACAACGAAGAGCUGAGCUUCGGUGCAGACGAUAUCAUUGAGGUCGAUGAGACGACAGAGCGAGAGGAGGGCUGGCUGUAUGGCAGCAGACAGGGGAAGAUGGGCUGGUUCCCAGAGAGCUACGUCGAGAGAGUCGCCCCGUCAGAUGCAGCUAAUAACACUGCUGCUGCUUCCCCUAAAGUGCCGCUCCAGUCACAGCUCUCCAAUGCCCUUGAGGCUGCCAAGGCAGCGGGGACAAAGUCUGCUUUCACACCGACACACUCUCCAAACCCUGCACCCUCUGAGACACAAGGACAGCAGGUGGUAGGUAACCUGUUGGCCCAGGCUCUGUGUUCCUGGACAGCAAAGACAGACAACCAUCUGAACUUCAACAAGGACGACGUCAUUCAGGUGCUGGAGCAGCAGGAGAACUGGUGGCUGGGAGAGCUGAACGGUGAACAGGGCUGGUUCCCCAAGACAUAUGUGACACUGCUGGGUGAAGAGGAGAGUUCAGACAUUAAGAGCUCCACCUCUGAUGCUCCAGAGUCUAGCGACAGCCUGCAGCUUGAAGAAUAUGUGGCGUUGUACACCUACGAGUCUCCGGAGCCUGGUGAUCUGACGUUCAGUGAGGGAGAUGUGAUCUUGGUGAGCAAGAGGGAGGGAGAGUGGUGGAACGGCUCCAUAGGCGACCGCACAGGCCUCUUCCCCAGCAACUACGUCAAACCUAAAGAGGCUGAUACAUCAAGCAUAUCUGGAAAGAAAAAGCCAGAGAUCGCCCAGGUGAUCAGGGCCCACUCCUCUACCGGCUCUGAGCAGCUAAGUCUAGAAAAUGGUCAGCUCAUCGUCAUCCUCGGCAAGACCGCCUCUGGCUGGUGGCUUGGAGAACUGCAGGCACGCGGUAAAAAGCGUCAAAAGGGCUGGUUCCCUUCCAGUAAUGUUAAAAUAUUGGGAUCUAACAGUGGAAAGUCAACACCAGCACACCAACCAGUCUGUCAGGUGAUCGCCAUAUACGACUACACGGCCGCCAAUCAGGACGAGAUGAGCUUCUCUAAAGGGCAACUCAUCAACGUUCUAGACAAGAACAACCCUGACUGGUGGAAAGGGGAGCUCAACGGGGUCACUGGCCUGUUCCCCAUCAACUACGUGAAGAUGACCACAGCGGAGUGCGACCCCAGCCAGCAGUGGUGUGCAGACCUGAACAGCCUGGACUCGCUGAGCCCUCAGGAGAAGAAGAGACAGGGUUACAUCCACGAGCUGUUGCAGACCGAGGAGAGAUAUGUGGAAGACUUGCAGAUAGUGCUGGAGGUUUUCCACAAGCCCAUGUCCGAGUCAGGCCGGCUGAACGAAACAGAGAUGGGCAUGAUCUUUGUCAACUGGAAAGAACUGCUGACCUGCAACACCAAACUCGUCAAGGCACUCCGUGUUCGUAAGAAGAUGGGCGGGGAGAACAUGCCGGUGCAGAUGAUCGGAGACAUCCUGGCCGCCGAGCUGUCCCACAUGCAGCCAUAUAUCCGCUUCUGCUCCUGCCAGAUCAACGGCGCCACGCUGCUUCAAACUCGUACCGACAGCGAGCCCGAUUUCAAGGACUUCCUCAAGAAAAUCGCCACAGACUACCGGUGUAAAGGCAUGCCGCUGUCCAGCUUCCUGCUGAAGCCCAUGCAGAGGAUCACACGCUACCCACUGCACAUCAAAAAUAUCCUGGAGUGUACUGCAGAGGGCCACGCUGACCGAGGUCCUCUGAAGGAAGCUCUGGAGAGAGCAGAGGAACUUUGUCAACAGGUAAACGAGGGCGUGAGAGAGAAGGAGAACUCUGACAGAUUGGAAUGGAUUCAGAACCACGUACAGUGUGACGGCGCUGCAGAGCAUUUAGUUUUUAACUCACUUACCAACUGUUUGGGCCCCAGGAAGCUGCUCCACAGUGGGAAGAUGUUCAAAGCGAAGAGCAACAAGGAACUUUGGGCUUUCCUCUUUAAUGACUUUCUACUUUUGACUCACGCGGCGAAACAGUUCACUUCGUCUGGGCCUGAUAAACUGUUCAGCAACAGGAACAAUGUGCAGCUCAAGAUGUACAAACCGCCUGUGCUGCUAAAUGAAGUUCUGGUGAAGCUGCCAGAUCCUUCCAGUGAUGACCCCAUCUUCCACAUCUCACACAUCGAUAGAGUCUACAUACUCAGGACCGACAACAUCAAUGAACGGACGGCGUGGGUUCAGAAGAUCAAGGCAGCUUCUGAAGAGUUUAUUGAGACUGAAAAGAAAAAAAGGGAAAAAGCUUAUCAAGCGCGAUCUGUCAAGACCAGUGGAAUCGGCCGACUCCUUGUUACUAUUUUAGAAGCCACCGAACUCAAGGCGGGAAAACCCAACGGUAAAAGCAACCCUUAUUGUGAAGUGACCAUGGGAGCUCAGAUCUUCACAUCCCGAACGCUCAACGACACUCUGAACCCCAAGUGGAACUUCAACUGUCAGUUUCACAUCAAAGACCUCUACCAGGACGUCCUCUGCAUCACCAUCUUUGAAAGAGACCAGUUUUCACCUGAUGACUUCCUGGGUCGGACCGAGGUUCCCGUGGCAACCAUAAAGAAAGAGUUGGAGAACAAGGGACCAGUAACACGUCGUCUUCUGCUGCAUGAAGUUCCAACGGGAGAAGUGUGGGUCCGUCUCGACCUGCAGCUCUUCGGCAACAAAUAGGAUUUAAGACAAACUGAAAUAAGAAACUGCUUCGUCUACAGAAACAUCCAAAUAAUAACAAUUAACCAAACAGGAAAAGCUGCUUGUUUUCACAUUAACUAACUAGGAUGGCUCCUCCUACAUGCAUAAAAUGGACUCCAAGGAGAGACCCGUACAAAAAGAAACACCCCUGAACUGUGUUUCACACAUCAGGCCUUAAUACAUUUAAUAUUAACCAGCACUAAUAAUACCUCUUCUGAUGUCAUCUGAAUCCUCCAGUAGGGAUUAUAGGACCUGGGUGACAUCAUCUGAAGCUACCAAUAGGAGUUCGAGCUCUUUAAUUUUUAAUUUUUUCACCGUGACAUCAGAUGAAAAAGGGAAGCAGUGCAGCAGUUUGCACCUGCACAAUAUUUACACUCUGAUGGAGUGAACAGAAAAGAGCACCGCCUGCCUUCUUAAACAGUGGAGACGCUGUGUCUGCGGUAAUAUUAGAACUGCACAAAGGCUGCUUAGGCGCAAAUAACUAUCGUACUAUUGAAGCAAUAAGACUACACAUGCUCUUUUCUAGGCUCCCACAGCUGUGUCUCCGUUACAACAGUGAGUUUUUAAGUAUUCACACUUUGCCAAGUCUGCUCAGCCAAGGCCAUUUAACGAGUUGAAGUGUUUUAUCUGUCAGGAUAUUUAUAUGUUAAAUACAUUUUCUUUUCUGAGGAGCUCACGACUGAUGGGAUUUUAGAGACUCUGCGGACCCGCUUUUUGUCCGUCUCCGAUCUUAAACUGUCGUAACUCAGCGUCGUCUCCUCACUGAGACGUUUAAGGGCAUCACAAACAGAUGAGGGACGGCGACAUGAAAUGCAUCAGGCAACCUGGAGGAGAAGUCUGUCGUUUGGGUCUGAAGUCAGUUUACUACUGUAGGCUUAAGAUCUCAGGAUGUUCUGGGUCGAGUCUGUGUCACUGUAACUAUACUGAGCAUUGAUUUUCUUGAGCUUUAUUGGUGUGUGUGUGUGUGAGAGAGAGAGAGAGAGAGAGAGAGAGUGUGUGAGUGCAUAACUUUGGAGUGUAGAAGAGUUAAAGAAACAUACAGAUAUCCUCAGGCUUUGGAUGCUGCAACUUUGGGAGUUAACUUACAACUUCUUGCCUUAAUGCAAGUCUGAAGUCUUUUAAAAUAUGUCAGCUAUCUAAAAUCAUUAGAUUUCAUUGGGAUGAAGUCUUCUUUGCUUUUUCUUUAGCGUGCAAAAUCAGCCAAGGCCAAGUAAUUUCAGCUGAGAGUGUAAAUUAGUUAAGGUCAAUUUAGAAAAAGCCGUAUUGAUGAAUGUUUCUUUCUGCACUCCGUCUCUCUUCAGCUGCUCCCGUCUCACCUUUUCAGGGGACUUUGAGGACGUCAGCUUUUUGAGGCAUCACAGAUCGACAGUUUGUCUAAAAAAAAAAAUAAACAGUGUUUUCUGCAUUUUUGUUCUUUUGCCCCGACAGACAUAGUUUAAGCGCCGUCCCCACCUCACUGACACCAACGUUGUCCGUCUCUGCUGCCUCAAAAAGUCGCUGUGUAGGACAGAAGGUUUAAAACGCUGUAUAUUUGUGUUCUAGUUUGACUUUCUGGUGUCUCCUGCCUUGUUUUUACCCUUUUGUCCUUUGUUUCUUUUCUAACUCUGAGCGCCCGCCGGUGCUCUGGAUAUAUACUGAACGGAAAAAAAGAAAAGGUUGUAUUUAUUUCCUAAUUUAUGCGCGUGACUAUCCAAAGGUUUGGAGCACCUUCGCUGUGUCGUCCCGGAUAAUCAGUUGGUGUUCACUGGGUCUGUUUUUGAACAUGUAGCUGGAAAGCUGGUUCGACGUCUGAGAUGAUUCCUGUGAGGGCGAUUUGAGUUUUACUGUAAGUAGACUAGAUCACUAGUCGUUUUCUUAGGCCUGCUGUGUCGUGCUCUUGUGUUCUAUUGAUUUGUCUUAUUCAAUCGGCAACAGUUUGUUUUUAACUCUUAUAUUAACUCUCCUGUUUUUUUUUUUUGUUUUUUUCGAAUUUGUGGAAAAUGUGCAAAGAGACUGGACUACCUUCCUUGUCUGUGUAGGGAUGUAAAAGCUUGUCUUCUGUUUUUACUUUUUAUCCUCCGCAGCCUUCUGCAUGGACAGCUGCUGUGCUAACUGAGUUUAUGGCCUCUCUAACCCAGACUGUUCACAGCUGAGCAGCCUGGAGUCUGUAACCUGCUGUUUCUACUCACUUUGGCCUCUAUGUGGCACUCUCUGAAUCAGGGUUUCUUAAGGCAAAUUAAAGAUAUUAAAAGUGAA